CGCUCAUUUAAGCGAAACCGGAAGUAGAUGCGGUGACUCAUUUCUCUCUGCUAGCAGUCUUCGAUUCUGCUCUGUCUCUUUAAGCACAUUCGGUACUUUCCGGAGUCGCUCGGCACUCGCUCGUUAUAGCCCCCUUUCACUGCGGCUUCAUCGCCGAGCGGAUUGGCUUUCCCCGCCGCUAUCAUCCGAGACCUCAGCGCAGACUGUCGGAUCUAUUAAACCAGCAGCGCCGGCUCCGUGAAAGCCUUCAGCUCCUGCACAAAUGCAAGCUAUAAAAUGUGUGGUGGUCGGCGACGGGGCUGUGGGUAAGACCUGUCUGCUGAUUAGUUACACCACCAAUGCCUUCCCUGGUGAAUACAUCCCCACUGUCUUUGACAACUACUCUGCCAAUGUGAUGGUGGAUGGGAAACCAGUGAAUCUGGGCCUCUGGGAUACAGCAGGACAAGAAGACUACGAUAGGCUCAGACCACUGUCUUAUCCGCAGACGGAUGUGUUCUUGAUAUGCUUCUCCCUGGUCAGUCCGGCCUCCUUUGAGAACGUCCGAGCCAAGUGGUACCCUGAGGUGAGACACCACUGCCCCAACACACCCAUCAUCCUGGUGGGGACCAAGCUGGAUCUACGAGAUGACAAGGACACCAUUGAGAGACUGCGGGACAAGAAGCUUUCCCCCAUCACCUACCCCCAGGGUCUGGCCAUGGCAAGAGAGAUCGGUGGGAGCUGUGAAGUAUUUGGAGUGCUCUGCACUGACCCAGCGGGGCCUGAAGACGGUAUUUGAUGAGGCUAUCCGAGCCGUGCUCUGCCCUCCCCCUGUGAAGAAGAGGGGAAAGAGGUGCACCAUGUUCUGAGGAGGAAACUCCAUGAAAACACUACACUACAUUACUAUGAACAGCAACCACUACUUCUCUGAGAGAAUGAGAGCGAAAACUAGCGAGCGUGAGUGUGCACUGCUGAGAUUGCUUUCUUUAUAUUGAUGUUUUUCAAAGUGAUAUUGGUAACAAGACCAAUAUUUAAUCAGAUUUUUUUUACCAUUACUGAAUAGAUUCAUAGGUCCUUUGUGAAAGACACUGACUGUCCACCUACUUUGUAUUCAUAGAACUACAUCAAGCUGCCAUGAGGGCUGACAAAGGUUUCUAUUAAUUGUCUUCAUACUACAACAUCUCUUCUUUCUCAGCCAUGCUUGCUUGAAUUAAUGCAGUGUUGAUAGAAAGUGAACUGUGAAUAUGCCUUCAGGUCAGAAGUUACCCUCAGGUCCUGAUCUAAGAUCAGCAUGUGGACAAAACACAUACUACUGGCAUGCACACAGAUAUCUAUUAGAAUUGACAAUAAAAACAAAGUUUUCACUAAUUUCACUGUUUUCAUAGUGACUUCACACUCUAUUUGCAAAAUUUAAAGAGUUAAAGGGAAAUUCUGUUUUUUUUUACAACUUGGGUCUUGUUCUUCUAGUUUUGACCCUCAUUCCAAUCAGUACUAACAUUGCAGCUGAGAUUUAAGAAAGCACAGUUUGACAAGUCAAGAAACACAAGCAAGUGCCAGUAGAGGGCCUCUGAUGCUUAGAAAAGCUGUAACAAUGAAAAGAGUGAAAGGAAUGGGGACUAAUUUGGGCUCUCACUAAUUACUUUAGUGAGCACAAUGUUACUGAAACUAGCUGGAAUGAUAAAGAAAAAUGGUGACUUUCAACUCUGUCUCUGAACUCAUCAUUUUUUAGCUUUCUUAUUAGUUUUGCAAAAAUCCUUGGUCCUGAGCUAACCUUACGUUUGAGUGUGAAGACUUAUUCUUGACCUCGUGAAGAUCAGUUAGACAAAAAAUCCUCUUAUUUAUCAGGAAGGUAGAAAUGGUGUACCCAAGGUUUGCUAUCCUUUUACGGUUAAAAAGAGAAACUGUUCCUUCAACACUGUUGUGUUCUCACUUCAAACAGACAUCUGAUCUUAGUCAAGUGUCUUUGGGUAACUUUGUCUAACUGUGAACAUGUGACAGACGAGCAUGCCAAACAUGGGGGCUGUACAGCCUUGCUGCCUGAGUCCUGCCUCUGGGGGUGGAGGAGCUUGCAUGGGUCUUAAAAUAUUCUGUCUUAAUUUAUCCCAUUGUUCAGAUCUUGUCUGUGUGUGUGUGUGUGUGUGUGUGUGUGUGUGUGUGUGUGUGUGUCACAGGUGUGUUUAUGAACACUGGUGUUUGUGUGUGUGUGUGGAUGAGCAGUCUGUAUAAGUGAGAGCAUUUUUUUGGGGGGUAGUGCAUAAAAGACAGUAUCGUUUUAGGCCAAGUUUUUUAGUGUCCAGUUUUUGGUACUAUUUCAUAUUGUAUUGUAGAAAUACACAUGACUUUUCAACAAUCUGUGGACAUAAAGGAAGAAAAAUGGAUAUUAAUGACAUCUAGUGAUAUACAGAAUAAUCCUUAGAAAGGAAUGCAUUAUGAAUAUCUAUCUACAUGUACCUGAAUAUUUAGCUCUAACAAACAAUUCAGACUAAAGGGAUUAUAGUCGCUCAUGUUGAAGUUAGAAGUGUUGCUAACGGUGUACAGUAAAGGGUGCAGUUAUUGUGCUGUUUGUCAUCGUGGCGAACAGUGCAGAUUGCACCUUUAUGAAAUGCAUUUCUGUAUGGUUGCAGGCCUGCAGUGUGUCUGUCUCCCUCAUGUGGCGAGACGCAGCACCGCAGUCCACUCUGUCACGCUGUCUUUGGUUGGCAUAGCAAACUGUGUGGUUGAAUCAUGUCGUGUGGUCCUGCCUAGCUAGAUGUCGAAAUGUAGCUGAGAAACACAGCGAAAAAUUCUAAUCUACUAUUGCAUGGAAGUUUUCUGGUUAUUUGACCCACUGUAAUUCAUAGGGGAGGUUGUAUGAUGAAAUGCAUUGGCCAUGUAUGUAUGUAAUGUAAGAAGACUUGUAUACUUGUUCCAGCUGUUUGUCUUAUUUUUAUUACUUCACAUGUCUGUGUGGUGAAAUAUUUCAAUUUUUUGUAUACUAAAUACAAAUGUAUAUGUAAGGUACUCUGUGUACUGUGUAGAUUUGUUAUUCACUCAGCCUUUUCUUUCUUUGUUUCUUUCCUUAUUCCACAACAAGCUCUAGUUAUGUUAACAACAUACAAGAAAGUAAAUAAUUAAGUAAGAAUAUAAGAAAGUAUUACUUAGUACUUUAUAUCAAAUUUAAAUACAGUAAAUAAAAAAGGAUAUGUAAGUACAUAGUACAUAGGACACUA